CACUAUUCACUUCUACUGAGUACAGCUCAGGUGAGUCGCUGCUAUGCUGUUUACAGUGAGAGCAGGACUGAUCCCAGCUCAGCUCAGACGGUUUAUCAGCAUGUCCUCCUCUCAGACAGCCCGGUCCAAACCCCCAGCGACCCUGCUGGGGGGCAACUCGUUCGGGGGUCGCGCUGAUGCGGAGCUGAGCGGACAGAUGGUCCAGGUGUUUCUGAAGAGAGGACACCAGGAGCUGGACACUGCCUUCAUGUACUCAGGAGGACAGUCAGAGACAGUGAUAGGGGACAUGCAGCUUCCUGAGACAGUUAGAAUUUCCACCAAAGCAAACCCUUGGGAUGGCAAGACCCUAAAACCAGAGAGUGUUCGCUCUCAGCUGGAGACCUCCCUAAAGAAGCUGCGCACCCAGAGCGUGCACAUCUUCUACCUGCACGCCCCGGACCACCAGACCCCCAUUCAGGACACACUGCAGGCCUGCAACGAGCUCCACAAAGAGGGAAAGUUCAAAGAGCUGGGAUUAUCUAACUAUGCCUCCUGGGAAGUGUCUGAAAUCUACUGCAUCUGCAAACACAACAACUGGGUGCUCCCUACAGUCUACCAGGGAAUGUACAACGCAACCACGCGGCAAGUAGAGACAGAGCUGCUCCCAUGCCUGAGAUACUUUGGUAUCCGUUUCAAUGCGUACAAUCCUCUCGCAGGAGGUCUACUCACUGGGAAGCAUCAUUAUGAGGAGAAAGAUGGAAGCCAGCCAGCCGGACGCUUCUUUCAAAGUCAUUCUUCUGCUGUUUACCUAGACAGGUACUGGAAGGAGAGCCAUUUCUCAGCCAUAGAUGUGAUUAUGAAGGCUCUUGAAGCAGCAUACGGUUCACAGAAGCCCACCAUAGCAUCAGCCGCCAUACGCUGGAUUUAUCAUCACUCUCAGCUGAAGGGGGAUCUUGGAGAUGGUGUCAUCAUUGGGAUGUCCAACAUGAAGCAGCUUCAAGAGAACUUAACAGCAACUGAAGAAGGUCCUUUAAAGCAGGAAGUUGUAGAUGCCUUCAAGCAGGGCUGGAAUCUGGUGGCCUAUGAGUGUCCCAACUACUUCCGUUAGAUUUUGACCAUAUUUAAGGAGAACGUCUUUAAUCUUGUAACUUUUAUAUAACUGUAUUGUUCAAGAUAAAAAUGCAAUAAACAAAAUUAUUUUUCAUUUAAGAGCAUUUAAUAACAUGCAGUUACAAACUUUUGAAGUGUAAUGAAAUUGUAGAUAAACACUGAGAUAAUGAAAUUGUAACAUAUAUAUUUAAUAUUCUAAAUAAAAAACUGUUUUUAAGAUUGA